ACAUCGCUCUAAAUCUUUAUUUUUAAGCGGGAAGAUCAUUGCUUCUCUCAGACCCGGAAAUGGAGAUUUUCAGAGGCAGAUAACUUUCCAAGAGCCCAGCCUGGGCCCAACAGGAACUUCCUACUUGAAUUGGAAGGCGAGUUCACAGUGAACUUUUUGCUUUUGUUCUCUGGGAAAUUACAUAAAACGUUGGAACAGUUCCAGCCCACGACUGUGUCAGAAUGCCUGCCCGGGAGCUGCCCGGUGCGCGCUGGGCCCUUGAUCUCUAUCCCAGCUGAAUGGAGGUGGUCGGCUCACCAAUGGCGCUUUGCGAGACGCUCUGUCCCAGCCGGGCGGAGACAGUCAUGCCUGUGCGGCCUCGGCCUCCCGGCUUCGCACCUGCUGGCACGGAGUUGCUGGUGGCUUUACCGUCCUGGGCCGUGGUGCUUAAGUCGGUUGCGUGGCUCCUGGGGCUGCUUGGAACUUUGCGUGCCUUGCAGUCGUACAGGAUGCGCUGAUGCAGGCAUCUGGGGGCUGCAGCAGAAGCGGCACUGUCAGAGAAUCUGAGUUCUCCUGGUGAAAUGUGAUUUCUGUUCUCCAGGGCGCUAGGUAGUAUGUACAUGUUAUCGAUUGGAAUAGGUUCUUGCACACCCCACUCCCACCAUGCAGGCCUCAUUGUUGGUAUGGGACUCCUCAACCCUAGAGCCUAUCCAUUCGUUAUUUCGUCCAUGUUCAAAGCUUACUUUCCCCCUCCACCCAAAUCUGCACAGCACCCAACUUCAUUCCAGCCGCAAAACAAUUGCCAUCACUUCAUGGAGGUAGCUGCCUCUUCUACAGCAGCUGCUGCUCUUGCUCUUAAGUUGCUCUAUUGGGCACUACCACGAUCUGAUAUGAUAUGAUCUGUCUCUUCCAUAAUCAGAUCUCAGUAUAUAUUUGUUAAAUCUAUAAUUGAAAUUGAAAUUUGACUGUCUUCAGAAAUAUUCUGUACUAAACUCUCAACUUGGAUUCAUUCAUUCAUUCAACAAACAUUUGAGUUACUGCUUGGUAUCAGAUCCUGGCUAGGUGUUUGGAUAUGUCAGUGCACAUAAUAGACAAUGAUUUCUUUUCUUCUGGAGCUUACGUUCUAGCCAAGAAUGAUUAACAAUAAACAUUUAUUUAAUGCUAGAAAAUUAUGAGUGCUAUGAAAAAAUGAAAAAAGAGAGCAGAGAAAGGGGACUGGGAGUGUACAUAUGGGUUGUAGUUUUAACAGCAUGGUUACUGUGGGUUUGGAGGGUAAACUGAAGGUGAUAUUUAUGGCAGAGAACUGGUUUUUAAAAUUAAUUGUCUUUCUGGGAGAAAAUGUCCCUUGCCAUUCUCUACUAUGUCUUUCAUGGGGACUCAUACUAUGACCAUUAAAGCAAGUGUAAUCAUCUUUUAUAAUAUACAGGUAAAACAAAUGUUUUUUAAUUGAGUUCAAGUUAUUCGAGGUUUACAGUUUAACUCAGCACAUCAAGUUAAGAGACUGGGCUCUUAAAUGGAAGAGACUAGCCAAAGGUAUACUACUGAUGUGUUGAAAAAAUUUGUAUGUUUUCUUUACAUUUUACUACACUUUGCAAUUGCUUCUUAAUGUCCCUCUGUGUAUGACUUGUGACGUUGUUUUCCAGCAUGGUCAUUGCUUUUCUUUAUUUGAAACUGUGUUAAAGAUUGGUAUUAUGUCAGGCUUAAGGUAUUAAAUUAUCACUCUUAGAGACUUCUGAAUGAACCACAUAGGCCUAACCAAAUUUUAUUCCAUAAUGACAUGUCAUAUUAGCAGACACACUGAUUAAUAGUGAUUGCUUUACCAACAAUAAUGUGCAGAGACUGCCUUGUAUAUGCUUUAUACAGGGAAGUGAAUUAUUUGACCUGUUCUUUGAGAGGAUUCAGAAUGUAUAUAUUACCAUGUUCAAUCAUCGAAAGAUUGUCUGCUUGUCCAAUAGUAUUCAACCGUGUAGUUAUUAAGAGUGUAAGGAAAAAUCUUGAAAUAGAGUAUAUAAGAAUAAGAAGUUAUCUGUCCUAAAGAGGGAUAACUUGGAAAUAAAUUAUUGAACUAUACACACUUAGGAAAACAACCAAAAUAAGAAAUGUCAUGCAAAAGAUUAUCUUAGUUGAUGUAUAUUUAGUUUAGAAAAUUACUCUUGCCAAAACUUGAAACAUUGGCCCUUGAGCAUCUAAUUUUGACCUUCUAAAGCAGUGGUUCUCAACCUUCUUAAUGCCGCGACCUUUAAUACAGUUCCUCAUGUUGUGGUGACCCCCAACCAUAAAAUUAUUUUUGUUGCUACUUCAUAACUGUUAUUUUGCUACUGUUAUGAAUCGUAAUGUAAAUCUGAUAUGCAGGAUGUAUUUUCAUUGUUACAAAUUGAACAUAAAGCAUAGUGAUUAAUCACAAAACAAUAUGUAAUUAUAUAUGUGUUUUCCGAUGGUCUUAGGCGACCCCUGUGAAAGGAUCGUUCGACCCCCAAAGGGGUCGUGACCCACAGGUUGAGAACCGCUGCUCUAGAGUUUCUCUAGACCAUUGUUUCCCAAAUUACAAGACAUGACUUAUUAAUGAUCUUGAAAUUAUUUUAGUGGGCUGAGUAUGUUUUAAAAAAAUGAAAUAGAGAAAGAUAAGAUAAAACAGGGUAGAAUAGAAUAAAAUAGAAAAAAUACAAAAGAAGAUAUAAGCAUCUCAUGUAGUAAGGGUAAGAUUUUAUGAAACUUUUGUUUCAACUACAUAUAUGUAUCAAAAAGAUUGAAAGGCAGCAUUGUUGAUUGCUCUCUAAAGUUAUUAUAUCAGUUUGCCUUCCAGCAGUUGAAGUGUCUUUUGGUCUGCAUCCUCACCAACACUAGGUAUUUUUCCUCUCUAAUUUUGAAGAUCUGAUGGAUGAGAUCUAACUCAUUGUGAUUGCAUUUCCAUCUUAAAUUCCAUGCCAGUACAGGCCACUCCGUCAUCUCUGAAGAUGUUAGAUGUGGGGAAGUGGCCAAUUUUCUCCCUUUGUUCUGAGGAAGAGCUGCAGUUAAUUCGUCAGGCCUGUGUCUUUGGAAGUGCUGGCAAUGAAGUUUUAUAUACUACAGUGAAUGAUGAGGUUUUUGUACUUGGCACAAACUGCUGUGGCUGUUUGGGCUUAGGUGACGUCCAGAGCACCAUUGAACCUCGGAGACUGGAUUCUUUAAGUGGCAAAAAGAUAGCCUGCCUCAGCUAUGGGAGUGGUCCACAUAUUGUUCUUGCGACAACAGAAGGAGAAGUCUUUACCUGGGGUCAUAAUGCUUAUAGCCAGCUGGGCAAUGGGACAACUAAUCAUGGUUUGGUGCCCUGUCAUAUCUCUACUAAUUUGUCCAACAAACAAGUGAUUGAAGUUGCCUGUGGGUCUUACCAUUCUUUGGUGCUAACAUCUGAUGGAGAAGUAUUUGCCUGGGGUUAUAAUAACUCUGGGCAAGUAGGAUCUGGAUCAACAGCUAAUCAGCCGAUCCCUCGAAGAGUGACUAGCGGCUUACAGAAUAAAGUAGUUGUGAAUAUAGCAUGUGGGCAGAUGUGCUCCAUGGCGGUGGUGGACAAUGGGGAGGUUUAUGUCUGGGGUUACAAUGGAAAUGGGCAGCUCGGACUUGGCAGUAGUGGCAACCAGUCAACCCCCUGUAGACUAGCUUUGCAAGGUGUUCGUGUCCAGCGGGUUGCCUGUGGCUACGCACACACAUUAGUAUUAACAGAUGAAGGCCAAGUAUAUGCUUGGGGUGCAAAUUCUUAUGGCCAGUUGGGCACUGGCAAUAAAAGUAACCAGUCCUAUCCUACUCCUGUUGUUGUGGAAAAGGACAGAAUUAUAGAAAUUGCAGCCUGCCACUCUGCCCACACAUCUGCCGCCAAGACCCAGGGAGGGCACGUGUACAUGUGGGGCCAGUGCCGGGGCCAGUCCGUGGUCCUGCCUCACCUCACCCACCUCUCCUGCACCGACGACGUGUUUGCCUGCUUUGCCACUCCCGCCGUCUCCUGGCGCCUCCUCUCUGUGGAACCUGACGACCACCUCACAGUGGCCGAGUCUCUGAAGAGGGAGUUUGACAACCCCAACACCGCAGACCUGAGAUUUCUGGUGGAUGGAAAGUACAUUUAUGCACAUAAAGUCCUUCUCAAAAUUAGGUGCGAGCAUUUUCGUUCUUCAUUGGAUGACAGUGAGGAUAAUAUUGUAGAAAUGAGUGAAUUUUCAUACCCUGUUUACCGAGCCUUCCUGGAGUACCUGUACACAGACAGCAUCAGCCUUCCCCCUGAGGAGGCAGUAGGAUUGCUAGAUUUGGCUACAUUUUAUAGAGAAAAUCGUUUGAAAAAGCUCUGCCAGCAAACUAUCAAGCAAGGCAUCUGUGAGGAGAACGCCAUUGCUCUGCUCUCUGCUGCUGUGAAGUACGAUGCUCAGGAUUUGGAAGAAUUCUGCUUUAGGUUUUGUGUAAACCAUUUGACUGUAGUAACACAAACUUCAGGCUUUGCAGAAAUGGACCAUGAUCUUCUGAAGAACUUUAUCAGCAAAGCAAGCAGAGUUGGAGCCUUUAAAAAUUGAUCCUCACCUGCAGGAAAACAUUUUUAGUAUUCCUGUCUUCCCUUUAAAAGCCAGAGAAUAACUUCUCUUUAAUAGUAUUAAUAAUGAGCUACAUUUGGCUGAAUACUUACGUUCUGUCAAAAGAGGGAUGGUGGUCAGUCUUCCCCAUCUGCUGAAAUCCAGAGUUGAUAUAAAAGGCAUUAAACACUCUGAUCAGAUGUGACUAAGCUCCAGGGAAAACAAUUAAAAUUCUUAUUAUAUUUACCAUUUCCUCUUUUGAGUCACUUAAGUUGGACACUUUUGGCAUAUUGGUCUAAGUAUAUGCUAGUCUGGUUGAAUGUUCUGUUAUUCAACAGGCUGAUAUUGCAUAGAUAAUGACAAGGAAUGCUGUCACCACCACAUUUUCAGCAUCCAGCACAGUGCCUUGCAUAUAGUAGGCACUCAAUUAAUUUAUUAUAAAUCUUAAGUAUGCCCUGAGAAUAACUUUUUUGUGUGAGAUAAAUUUAAAACAGCAUGCAUCUGUUAAGGUUCAUAUUCUUCUGGUGCAUUGUUCUGAGAAAUAGUGGCUAAUUUAGAGCAUUAAGUAGAAUUCACAAAAGGCCUUGGCAAAUAAAUUGUCAAAGGCCUAAGGGCUAACUUUAAUUUUCUAUUUACUCUGAGUCAUUGAUUUCGCUUAUGGGAUUAUUGAAUAUGAAGUACUAUCUUUUUUUUUUUUUUAAAUAUAU